UGGAGGCCAGUCGCUCGUGCAGCUCGUCUCUUCCGUCUCCUGAGCUCCACCUCUCCCGCCGGACAUGCCCUCCGGACCCCGGCGACCCUCCGCGCCUCUGCCCGGCGCGUGAAUGGCCCUCCCGCCAUGGACGAAACGCCGUUCCAGAAAGUCAAGACGCGGCGCAGGAGGAGCCACUGCCCGCCAGGGGUCAUCGCCUGCGAGGACGAGUUCGACUGCAAGGAGCUCGAGUCGCUCUUCCACAGCUACAGCCUGAAGCUGGAGCAGACGCGCACGCUGGCGGCGCUGACGGUGCUCGUGCUGCUGGCGUCCAGCCUCAGCCUGCUGGAGCUGCUGCUGUCCGGCUCAAGCCUCACCGUCGCCAAGGGCUCGUACCCGGUGCACUCCGUCGUCUUCGUCUUGCUCUUCAUCGUCACCAAUGUCAAGUACCUGCGUGCGAUCCAGCUGCAGCAGAUCGCUCACCUGAGCCUGCUCUUCUGCUUCAGCUUCUCGCUGCUGUGCUGCCCGUUCCCGCACGCGUCCGCGACUCCGGAGCACGGCGUGUGGCAGCUGCUGCUGCUGACGUUCGUGGCGUACGCGCUGCUGCCGGUGCGCACGCUGCUCGCGCUGCUGUUCGGUGUGCUGGUGUCCGUGGCGCACGCUAUCGUCACGGCGACGUCGGUGACGGCGAAGACGCAGCGGCUGUGGAGAGCGCUGGUUGCGAACACGCUGCUCUUCACCGGAGUGAAUCUGUCGGGUCUGUUCGUUCGGAUCCUGACGGAGAGAGUGCAGCGCAAAGCCUUCCUGCAGGCCCGAAACUGCAUCGAGGAGAGACUGCGCAUGGAGGACGAGAACGAGAAACAGGAGCGUCUGCUGAUGAGUCUGCUGCCCAGAAACGUGGCCAUGGAGAUGAAGGAGGACUUCCUGAAACCUCCAGAGAGGAUCUUCCACAAGAUUUACAUCCAACGGCACGACAACGUCAGUAUCCUGUUUGCGGAUAUCGUGGGCUUCACGUGUCUGGCGUCGCAGUGCACGGCGCAGGAACUCGUUAAACUCCUCAACGAGCUCUUCGGCAAGUUUGACGAGCUCGCCACGGAGAAUCACUGCCGGCGGAUCAAGAUUCUGGGCGACUGCUACUACUGUGUGUCUGGCCUGACGCAGCCCAAGACGGAUCACGCUCACUGCUGCGUGGAGAUGGGUCUGGACAUGAUCGACACCAUCACGUCGGUGGCUGAAGCUACAGAGGUGGAUCUGAACAUGCGUGUGGGUCUGCACACGGGAAGGGUGCUCUGUGGCGUGUUGGGCCUCAGAAAGUGGCAGUAUGACGUGUGGUCCAACGACGUGACACUGGCCAACGUGAUGGAGGCUGGAGGUCUGCCGGGGAAGGUGCACAUCACGCGUGCCACGCUGGAUUGUCUGAAUGGAGAUUACGAGGUGGAGCCGGGAAACGGCCGCGAGAGACACUCGUUCCUGCUCAAACACGACAUCGAGACCUUCUUCAUAGUGCCAUCUCACCGCAGGAAGAUUUUUCCUGGUCUGAUCCUGUCAGACAUUAAACCUGCCAAAAAGAUGAAGUUUAAGACGGUGUGUUACCUGCUGGUGCAGCUCAUGCACUGCCGCAAGAUGUUCAAGGCUGAGAUUCCCUUCUCCAGCGUCAUGAACUGUGAGGACGGGGACAAGAGGAGGGUGCUGUGCUCGGCCCCGGAGAAGCUGAGGAACCGUACCACCGCAGCGGCUAACGCGACCCAGAGCAACCCGGGGACACGGGUCAACCGCUACAUCAGCCGUCUGAUCGAGGCCCGGCAGACGGAGUCCGACACGGCCGACCUGCACUACCUCACGCUCAGCUACAGAGACUCGGAGCGAGAGCGCAGGUAUCAUCAGCUGAAUGACGAGUACUUCACCGGCGCUGUGCUUCUGUCUCUGGUCCUCACGGCUCUGAUCGGAAUCCUCUACCUGCUCAUCAUGCCACAGGGGAUGGUCGUGUUGGUGUUGCUGGUCUUCUGCAUUUGUUUUCUGGUCGUGUGUAUCAUGUACCUGCACAUCACUAGAGUUCAGUGUUUUCCAGGAUGCCUCACCAUACAGAUCCGGACCGUCCUGUGUGUGUUCAUUGUGCUCUUAAUAUACGCCGUGGCCCAGGCCUGUGUGGUGGGCUGCAUGCCGUGGCUCUGGCCGGCUAACUCCACACGCUCCAUCGUGAUCAUCGACGCGUCCGCAGGGCUGAACCGCACCAUGGCCGAGCUGCCGUGUGAAGGAGCGCAGUAUGCCUUGCUGUGCUGCAUGCUGGGAACUCUGAGCGUGGCAUUGUUCCUGCGAGUGUCCUGGCUGUCCAAACUCCUGCUGCUGCUGCUGCUGCUGCUGCUGUACAUCAGCGUGCUGGAGCUCAGCGGAUUCAGACGCUCCUCGGGGACGGUGUUGUUGAGCGCUCGUGGUCUGGAGCCCAUCCUCUCUCUGCUGCUGUUCUUCACCGCUCUCGCCCUUCACUCCAGACAGAUGGAGCUCAAGCUGCGCCUGGACUUCCUCUGGGCCACUCAGGCGGAGGAGGAGAGAGACGGCAUGGAGAAAGUCAAACUGGACAACAAGAGGAUCCUGUUCAACCUGCUGCCGGUUCAUGUGGCUCAGCACUUUCUGCUGUCCAACCCCAGAAACAUGGAUCUGUAUUACCAGUCCUAUGCUCAGGUCGCGGUUCUGUUCGCUUCCAUUCCCAACUUUAAUGACUUCUACAUCGAGCUGGACGGAAACAACAUGGGCGUGGAGUGUCUGCGGCUGCUCAACGAGAUCAUCGCCGACUUCGACGAGCUCAUGGACAAAGAGUGUUAUAAAGACAUUGAGAAGAUCAAGACCAUCGGCAGCACGUAUAUGGCCGCGGUGGGUUUGGUACCCACCAUCGGAACCAAGGCAAAGAAAUCCACAGCAGAGCACCUGAGCACCAUAGCAGACUUCGCCAUCGAGAUGUUUGAUGUUCUGGAUGAAAUCAACUAUCAGUCAUAUAAUGAUUUUGUCUUGAGAGUGGGCAUUAAUGUGGGUCCGGUGGUGGCUGGGGUCAUCGGGGCCCGCCGGCCACAGUAUGAUAUCUGGGGAAACACGGUGAACGUGGCCAGCCGCAUGGACAGCACCGGAGUGCCUGGGAAGAUACAGGUGACGGAGGAAGUGAAUCGUCUGCUUCAGAGCGACUAUGAUCUGGUGUGCCGUGGCAAUGUCAGCGUGAAGGGCAAAGGUCAGAUGGUGACGUAUUUCCUGGAGGGUAAAGCGCAGGACCCGGGGAACCGAGCACCGCAUCACACCGGCGGCCUGGAGCGCAGGGUUCACGCCAUCGCCCGCUCCAGCAGCACACACACCAAAGCCGGCAGCACCGCGUCCAUGGCCUCGGGGUUCGCCGCCCGGAUCGGCGUGAGCAGCAGCGCUCAGGGCUCGCGAAGCGCUGCCGCUAACGUGCCUACGCUAGGAGAAGAGCAGGAGGUCAAAGGGGGGGAGAUGUAGGACCUGCAGGAGGAAAGAAUGAGCCGUCUUCCCUUUAUUCACCUUCUCCAAACAUAUCCCUGCCCCAGCUGUGAACCGAUCUUCACUGCACGCUCCUUUAAAGACUGUCUUUGCCACUAUUUACCAUCACAUCAGUUCCUCCCGGAUAAAUUCAGGUCCUGUCCUGCAUUUCUUUCCCUCCUGAAUUAUGAAAAUAGUGGGACAGUGAAAGCCGUUUCAAGUUGAUCCAUGGAUUCACAAAGAAACACAAAGGAUUCUGUUUCGAUGCAGGAACACCCAGCUUAAAGAAAAAGUACACUUCCA